AUGCCAGGUCCAUGCAACUCGAAAAAGCGCAAGAAACUUGUGAAGAAGAACAAGCCUAAGAGCACAUUAGCUGUACAAGCUACGGCUCCUCCGGAACCUCCUCCCCCUGAUCACGAACUCGAGCCACCUCCAAGCGACAUUUCCUGUCCCGUCUAUGAGCCCCCACCUAAAAUACCUACUCCGCAUGUCCAGGACUUCCAUGUGGAAGUACUCCCUAUCAUCCAUGAUCCCGGAAACGGUCCGCGAGUUCGCGACAUCCGGGGGUUCCUAUCUUCAUUCUUUGCCCAGCCUCCCUCACUAGAUGACCCUUUAUGUGCAGAGUUUUCACAGGAGGAAGUCCUCCAGAUGCUCUGCACCGCGCUGCCGAAGGAAACUGCUAUAAUCCUAUGGUAUAAUAAGAGCCGUGCUACUAGUCGCAUAUGUCCAUCAUGCCGACGUCUUUAUCGUCUUGGUGAUAUUCUACCGGACUUAACUGAGGAUGGCAAAAAACACACCGGCGAAUCUCGUUCACCUCUACUUGCCCGGGAACAGGAGAUAUCGGGUCUUUGUUCUCCCGUCUGCUUCAUCCUUGCAUCGUUCGAGUACCCAGGUGCAAUUAAAACGACUUGGGGCCGAACAGCAGAUGAAAUAGAUGACUUUACAUGGGACCUUCUCAAUGGUCCUGGGGAUGGACAGGGCGACAAGGAACUCGGUCUCUUACUCAAAAUGGCGCGAUUGCCUGACCUUGGCCUGGGACAGCUCUGUCUACCUGACAUUGACUUCGAUGUGGAGCCUGAGGAUCGAAUCUACAGCGAGCAAAAUUAUGAGCGUGACAAGUUUUCUUAUUAG